AUGUCUUUCAUCACACCUGUCUCUUGCGAGUCAUACCAAGCCUUGAACAGCAGCGCGGACGGGCCCUCGCCCGCGCGGGGCUUCAACUUUUGGAUGACCUUUCUUUCCGGACUGCUGGUCGAAGUCCUAUCUGCACUUGACUUGUCCGCCGUUUCCACCACACUUCCAACGAUUGUCUCCGACUUGCAUGGCAAUGACUUCAUCUGGGCGGGUAGCGCCUACACCAUCGCCGCGACCGCGGUCAUCCCCUUCAUCGGCCACUUCGCGUCGACAUUCGGGCGUAAACCCGUUCUCCUCGCAAUGAUCCUCAUCUUCGCCCUCGGCUCGGCGCUUUGCGGGGCAGCGCAGAGCAUGCCUAUGUUCCUUGCUGGUCGAGGUGAGCACCUAGUUUUCACGCUUCACACUGGCCUCAAGCCCGCCCAUGCAGCCAUUCAGGGCUUCGGAGGCGGAGGCAGCAUGUCUGCCGUCCAAAUCAUCAACGCCGACAUGAUCCCUCUCCCAGAGCGAGGCAAGUUCCAAGGCAUCGCGGCUGUAAUGUGGGCGGUCGCAUGCUCGGCCGGGCCCAUUAUCGGAGGCGGUCUCGCGAGGGGCGGGAACUGGAGGUGGCUCUUCUACAUCAACCUGCCACUGUGCGGCAUCUCCUUCACUCUGAGCACCGCCUUCCUGCGCGUGCGGAAUCCCACCACCACCCUCGCAGAAAAGAUCAAGGAGAUGGACCUGAUAGGUCUCACGCUCGUGGUCGGAAGCACGGUCUCUUUUCUCAUUGGCAUGACCUGGGGCGGCGUGCAAUUCUCCUGGUCUUCUGCCCAGGUUCUCGCGCCACUGACAAUAGGAGCUGUGGGGAUUGUCUUGUUCUUUGUCAUAGAAGCGCUGUGGAUACCGCGUCCCACGGCACCUAGUUUCCUGUAUACUAGCAGAACUACCCUGAGCGGGUAUCUUGGAACAUUCUUCCAUGGAAUUGUCGUCAUUGCACUCAUCUAUUAUACGCCCAUUUACCUCCAAGCAACCCAAGGCGCGUCCGCGCUGACCUCCGGGAUAGACAUGCUCCCUAUCGUCGCCUUAAUCCCCAUCGCCGCGAUGUUUACCGCUGUGACUGUACAAGUAACGAAGCGGUAUCUUCCUCUGAACAUCAUCGGAUGGGUGCUCGCCCUCGUCGGCUUCGGGGUGCUCUCCAUCCUCACCGAGACGAGCCCGCGCGCGGCGUACGUCGGUCUGCAAACCCCCGCCGCGAUCGCCACAGGCAUCCUCUGGAUCUGCACCACGUUCCCCGUCCUCGCGCCGCUGCCCUACUCGAACAGCGCGCACGCGCUCGCGUUCUUCAGCUUCACGCGCCAGUUCGCGCAGAGCUGGGGCAUCACGAUCGCCGGCACGAUCCUCCAGAACGGCCUCCAGCGCGCGCUCCCGCCCGCGUACGUCGCCUCGCUCCCUGAGGGCGCGUCGCUCGCGUACGCCGCGAUCCCGACGGUCGCGGCGCUGGACGAGCCGCUGCGGACCGAGGUGCGCGUCGCGUUCGCACGCGCGACGCAGACGGUCUGGCGGGUCAUGGUUGCUGUUGCGGGCGCGGGGUUGCUCUCGGUCGUGCUGAUGCGCGAGGUGCCGAUGAAGAAGAGCCUGGACGAGCGGUGGGGGCUGCGCGAGAGGGACGAGGGUGGGCGCGGCGGGGGAGAGGGUGGGGAGAAGCGGGUGUCGUAUUUCGACCUUGCAACGUCGCCGGGCGCGGAGAGCCCUGUCGGUGGUUCGGGGGUGAUUCAGGUCAAGGAGGACCGUGUCGCCUCGUUGGUCUGA